AUGUCUCUACUGCAUCUUACCCCAUGGAACAUCAAGGUGGCAAUCCUACUCUCAGUCCUCAGUGGCACGAUGGCAUCAAUUGAAUCGACGCAGCCACUCGAAGGAAAGGCUUUCAUCGGCCGUGCUGUGAGCGCCAAUCCAUUGACGCCCAAGGUAGCCUACGAUCCAGCCUCCCAGACGUAUCACCGAGAUGCCGGCAAUACACGGUCCGAGAACUUCCAGGGGCCUUUGGGUAAAAAUACCAAGGUUGAAUCUUGGAGCACGACCCCUCCAGUUCCGAUGUUCUGGGAUUCAAAGGGCCUUUUGACUGCUGGAGCCAUCUGCCGCGAAGAUACCGCCUGCAUCGUGUCUCUCAACCCAGAUACAUUCAAAAUCGAAGCUACCUAUCCAGAGUCUGGCGAGCCCUCAGAGCUGGAUCCGGGAUCUAUGGUCUACAUGCAACUUCUCGACAAACACGUCACCAUCCCGACCGCAGCAAGGCACAUCAUCGAUGUGGAGCGUAUUGACAACGGCACAAGCACAUCGUUCGUCAGGAGGCGUGAUAUCGAUCUCAGCGACAUAACGGAACAGAGUUCCAGGCUCAUCGGCAGCGCGUACGAUGGUGAAGGGAACUUGUGGUUCACCACGGGCUACGUCGGGGUUGGCAUUCCCAUCACCGACACGGCAGUCAUUGGAUAUAUUGAGCCCAAGGGGACAGUUCACUCAAUCCAGCUUCCAAACACCAGGGUUGAGAACAAUUUCGCCAUCAGCGGAACAGAUGUGUACUUGAUCACGGGUCCUGCUGGUGCUGCCGAUGAGGCCAAUGCGACUGCGUACUUCUACGGUUUCCAGCCGAGCGCAGAUGGUGUCAAGGUCGUCAUGGCCCUUCCCUAUGAGUCUGGAGAUGGCGUCAAGCUGGGCGGUGUAUCUCGUGGCUCUGGUUCUACUCCCGCCCUCCUUGGACACAAGUACGUCGCAUAUACUGAUAACGCAAACGACCAAGUCAACGUCCACAUCGUCCCACAAAUGCCAGUUGGCAAGAAUGAUACUAAGCCAGUCUGCUCCAUGCCGCUUUUCGAACCUGGGCUCAGUGCCAACGAAAACUCCAUCCUCAACCACUGGGACGGGGAUUCGACCUACAGUGUUGUCCUUGGAAACUACUACAACGGAGUCCCAAUUUAUGUAAUUGGAGAUACCAUCUUUGGCUACGGCAUGAAUAUGGACCCUGCGACAAUCAAUGGGGCUUUCAACAACAUCAACCAAAUGGCCCCAGGUUUGGUUCGGAUUGACUUCAACGACAAGACUGGAACUUGCACCACCCGUUGGUACAACAAGAAUAUCCGGGGCACAGUUACGCCCAUCUUGCCCACCAAGACCGGUCUGCUCUACAUGCCUGUGCAGGACUGGGACCUUGCGCGGGAAGGGACUUAUGUGUACUACAUUACAGCUAUUGAUUUCAAGACUGGCAAGGAGGUGUGGAAGAUUAGGAUUGGUGCUGGCGGCUCUUUCAACUACAACCUCCAGUCUCCGGUGCUGACAUAUGAUGGAGGUGUUGGUCAGUACGUCAAUGGAGGUUUUGUUAAGGUCAAGGAUUCCCGAUAA